AUGAGGUUCGCAAUCGUCAUCUGUGUAGUUGCUCUAGCUACUCUAGCCUAUUCUCAGUCAUUGGAAGACACCGUUAAACAAAAUAAUUCCCCGUCCAAAGCACCUGUAACAAAACCAGCAAAGGAAUCAGAUGAACCAUCUGCAACUAAACUUGUUAAUGAACCAGUGAAAACCUCUACCUCGAAACCUGUUAAAGAACCAGUGAAAGCUACUACAUCGAUGCCUGUUAAGGAACCAGUGAAAGCUACUACACCUGUAACAAAACCAGCAAAGGAAUCAGAUGAACCAUCUGCAACUAAACUUGUUAAUGAACCAGUGAAAACCUCUACAUCGAAACCUGUUAAGGAACCAGUGAAAGCUACUACAUCGAUGCCUGUUAAGGAACCAGUGAAAGCUACUACAUCGAUGCCUGUUAAGGAACCAGUGAAAGCUACUACAUCGAUGCCUGUUAAGGAACCAGUGAAAGCUACUACAUCGAUGCCUGUUAAGGAACCAGUGAAAGCUACUACAUCGAUGCCUGUUAAGGAACCAGUGAAAGCUACUACAUCGAAGCCUGUUAAGGAACCAGUCAAAGCAUCUGUAUCAACGCCUGUUAAAGAAUCAGUCACAACUCCUGUAGUAAAACCUGUAACCGAAAGAGUUCAAUCAAAUUCAGACUGA